AUGUUGACGAAAUUGUCACCAGAAGUUCUCCAUCUGGUGGCUCGGCAGCUGCCCGGGGCUGACCUCAAGUCGUUGUCGUUGGUUUCCCACGACAUCCGCAGGGCAGUCAUCCGGUCUCUAUGGAGUCCGAUCACCAUCCACUCGUCAAACGAGACCAAGCUCUACGAUAUCAUCACCGAGGGGUUCCUAGACCCAUGCAUCCCCCAUGCAACCCAGCUUCGCUUCGCCGCGCCCUUUCAGAUCGGCCAUUACUUCCGGUGUCCAGAUCGCAUCGGCGAAAAUACGGAAGAGAACGAUUUUGACAACGGUAACGAAGAACAAGAAGACGACUCUGCCGGCGAAACGCAAGGGCAUGAGAUGACGGGACCACUUGCCUUCGAACGUCUCAGCCAACGGGCAAGUUCCUUCAUGGGCAAGUUUAAACAGGACAGCCUGCGAAGUUUUAGACCUUUCCCCUUUCGAAACCUCAAGAGUAUCUGCUGGAAAGGGCCACACAACAACAGCCAUCGCCUAUUGGAGACCGUCAUCAAGAACAACGCCAAUCAUCUUAGCAGCCUGGAGCUGGACUUGCCGGGCUGGUGGAAGAAGACACCCCCUUCACCCGUCUACGUUGAAGCACCAGCAGGUGAUGACAACUCAGGCUACUUUGGCAACACUCUGAAGCUGCAUGAGCACACCACCCAGCCAGUAUUUCAAAAUCUCACCACACUUGCGCUCGUGCAUGCACCUCUCGGGCCAGCUAUGGUGGACAUGAUCGACUUUGAAGUCCUCCGAUCACUGACUCUCAGACUGUGUCUGGGCUGGGGAGCUUUCACCCAACGCAUCGUGAAGAUGCGAUUCCCGAUAAAGUUGAAGGCACUCGAGCUGCACCAUGACGACUCCGCCUCAUUUAAACAUACACGGAUUGAAGUGGACGAGCAGAAUCCCAAUGUCUCCCGCAUCAUACACGAACCUAAACCUGGGCAAUCUGAAGUGGAAGAGUUCAUUGAUGUUUGUGAAGGGCUUGAGGAGCUUUUUCUGAAUCUCCCGAAGCCGGAUCACGCCCGGUCACUCUGGAAACACAUUGCUCGUCAUGAAGCAUCGCUAAAACGCCUUGUGGUUCACCACAGGACACGCUAUUGCAACCAAUCGGCUGAGUACUGGAGGAAGGUUGACUUGCCGAGUCUAGGGCUGACCGAGCACGGGAAUGAGAACAGACCUUAUCACCCACCCUCACAAAACCCCCUUGGGGAGCUCAAGCUCGAGUGUAUCAGCUUGUGUUGUUUUCCAGAGCUAGCAAAAUUUAUGCUGGAAAGUUCGUUGAGCCUCCCUGCACUGGGUCUUCCUUCGUUGAGUCUCUCUUCGUUGAAACUCAUCCACAUCCGACAGACAGGCACCGACCUCCAGGUAUUCGGCAGCAUGGCUGUUGACCUUGGCUUUCGCCUCGACACGUACGAAGCGAACAACCGGGGCGAAGACUAUGAGUAUGACUUUGACAUUCCCAAUUUCAAAGACUUUACCAGGAUCGAGGAGCCGGAACCUCAGACUCUCGAUCCGAGAGAGAUGCAGGAUACAUUUCGGUGGCUUGGGGAGUGGGCAUUUGGACCAGGGGGGCCUCCUAUGCUCGAGGUGGUUGCAUACGGAGACUUUGCUCAUGAGGGUCGAGCCAAUCCAGAGAAUCUUUUCCUCUGCUCCGGUCCAGGAGGGUUUCGAGUAGUACCCAGAGACGGCUACGAGUGGAUGAGCAUAGUCGACAAGUACCGCAAUGUUCUGGAGACUUGUCCAACCAAGCCACUGCUCACAUGGGCUCAUGAGUCGUUGUUUGAUGAGUGA